GUUUCAAGCUACUUGUCCAAAAAGUUUGCUGAACUGCAGAGCCCCAACAAGUUCAAGGUGUACAUGGGCCAUGGUGGGAAGCCCUGGGUGUCUGACUUCAACCAUCCCCAUUACCAGGCUGGGAGAAGAGCCCUGAAAACAGUGUUUGGCAUUGAACCUGACUUGACCAGGGAAGGAGGCAGUAUUCCUGUGACCCUGACCUUUCAGGAGGCCACAGGCAAAAAUGUCAUGCUGUUGCCCGUGGGGUCAGCAGAUGAUGGGGCCCACUCCCAGAAUGAAAAGCUCAACAGGCACAACUACAUAGAAGGGACCAAGAUGCUGGCAGCUUACCUGUAUGAGGUGUCUCAGCUGAAGAACUGAGAAGUCUCGUUUUCUAC